ACAAAAUGUUAAGACGAUCGCUUUAUUUUGGAUUAAGAUCUCGUCAUGUUUUUCGUCUUUUAGCAAACAAAAAUUAUUUAAAUAUUUUGCCUAACAUUCAAAGAAAUUAUGCUUCUGUUGGGGCUGCAAAAAAGUUUGAGUUUCAGGCUGAAAUUGAUAGUCUUUUGGAUAUUGUUGCGAAAUCUUUAUAUUCAGAUCAAGAGGUUUUUAUAAGAGAAUUAAUUGCCAAUGCGUCUGAUGCCUUGGAAAAGCGCAGAUAUCUUGAAAUGGGCGAUAAAGCCGGUCCUGUUCAAGAAAUUCCCUUCGAGAUACGAAUUGAUUGUGAUGUUAAAAAUCGAAAAUUAGUUUUUACGGAUACAGGAAUUGGAAUGAAUGAAGAGGAAUUGGUUGGAUUAUUGGGUACUAUAGCGAAGUCUGGUUCAAAAUCUUUCCGUUCUGAUGAGGAAAAAGCGGAAUCACUUAUAGGUCAAUUUGGUGUUGGUUUCUAUUCAGCAUUUGUUGUCAGAAAAGUUGACGAACCAACAGGACACGUUUGGACCUGGUCUGGUGGAAAGCAAUUCGAAGUUGAGGAAGAUUCAACAACCCAAAUCGGAACAAAAAUCGAAUUGUGGUUAAAAGAUUCUGAGGCUGCUAAAUUUGUGCAAGCAGAAAAAGUUGCCGAUGUUAUUAACAAAUAUUCAUAUUUUAUCUCUGUUCCAAUCUUUUUGAAUGGGGAGAGAAUUAAUGUUAUGUCCGCCCUUUGGAUGAUGAAACCAAGCGAAACAACACAGGAAAUGCAUGAUACAUUAUUCAAGCAUUUAGUUACAACACACCAUCCUCAUUUAAAAGAUGAUCGUCCUCAAUAUACCUUUCAAUAUCAAACAGAUUUUCCAAUAAAUAUUCGAGCACUUUUUUAUGUUCCUUCAAAAAAAGUUUCUCAAUUUGAAUUUUCUGCUGAUUCUCAACAUGAGACAGGCAUUUCUUUGUACAAUCAACGAGUUCUUAUAAAACCAAAUGCCAAAGAAUUGUUGCCUCGGUUUUUGAGAUUUUUGAUUGGAGUAGUCGAUUCUGAGGAUAUUCCUUUAAAUUUGUCUAGAGAAAUGCUUCAAAUGGAUCUUAUUAUUGAAAAAAUAAGGAAUAUACUCAAAGACCGUUGUAUUCAUUUUCUUGUUGAACAACUAAAAAAGGACAGAAUUAAAUAUACUGAAUUUUAUAAGGGUUAUUCUUUAUUUCUUAAGGAAGGAAUUCUGACUGAUCAAUCAAAUCAAACAAAGGAAGAUAUUGCCCAACUUUUGUUGUUUGAAUCAUCUAAUACACGUUCUGGCACUUCAACUUCUUUAUCUGAAUAUGUUGAGAGAAUGCAAACUGACCAGAAAUCCAUUUAUUAUCUUUAUGCUCCAAGUCGUCAAUUGGCCGAGACUUCUCCAUAUUAUGAAAUGUUUGAUAAAAGAUUUGAAGUUCUUUUCCUUACUGACCCAGCAGAUGAACUUGUUUUCCUUGCAAUGCCUCAAUUUCAUAUGAAACAGAUUCAAUCUGUCGAACAAUGGGUUAAAGAUGAAGGUGUAUCAAAGGAUGAAAAUAAAGAAGUUACAAGAGAUCCAGUUAAAAAAGAAUUUCUUACUUGGUUGAAAGAUUCACUUGGUUCAGUACGUGUUACUGAUGUUAAACCAAACACAAGCCUAUCAGAGCAUCCUUUUAUGAUAACAAUUUCUUCUGAUGCUGGUGCGGCAAGACAUAUGCUUCGGAUUGCUCAAAUUAAAGAGAUGGAACAUUUAGUCUAUUUAAAUCCAGUACUUCAUGUCAACUUCACCCACCCUCUAAUUCAAGGAUUACAAAAACUUUAUAAAAAAGAGCCAGAAUUGGCAUUAAAAAUAUCUGAACAAGUUUAUGACAAUGCUUUAAUUUCUGCUGGACUUUUAAAAGAUUCAAGUAAAAUGGUAACGAGGGCCUACAGCACUGCAUGUGUUUUGUGUACAUUAGCAGUUCAAUUAGAUUUUGUGACACCCUUCCACUUGUAUUUUAAUUGGCAUUUAAUUAUCCACGAAUUACAGUGGUGGCGGUUGUUUACUUCCUUUUGCUAUUUUGGAUCAAUUGGAUUUACUUUUCUCUUCAACAUGAUAUUCACAUAUAGGCAUUGUUCAAUGUUGGAAGAAGGCUCUUUUCGUGGAAAAACUGCCGAUUUCAUUUUUAUGUUUCUUUUUGGAUGGAUAUUUAUGAUAAUUUCUGCCUGUUUCGUUCAUUUGGUUUUUCUUGGUCACGCAUUCACAAUAAUGCUUGUAUAUGUUUGGAGUAGAAGGAAUCCUUUUGUUGGAAUGAACUUUUUUGGAAUUUUCUCUUUUUCUGCUCCAUACUUGCCUUGGGUUUUGCUCUUCUUUUCACUUUUACUUGGUCAAAAUGCAAUGGUGGAUGUUUUUGGUAUUGCUUGUGGGCAUCUUUACUUUUUCUUAGAAGAUAUAUUUCCUAACCAGCCCGGAGGUUUUCGAGUACUUCAAACCCCCAACAUUCUCAAACGUUUAUUUGAUCCUCCUCCAUUGGUACGUAUACCUCCAGAACAAAGACCAGGUGGAUUUAAUUGGGGUGCUGAAGAUAACCAGCCUGUAGAUAAUCGAAAUGAAUAG